UACGGUUUCGCAGCAAAAGGCUCCUCGGUGAUAAUGUACCGGAAUAAGGAGCUACGCGCACACCAAUUCUUCCUCCUACCUGAUUGGUCCGGUGGUAUCUACGCUUCGCCGACAUUUGCGGGAAGCCGCUCUGGAUCCAUUAUCGCCGCGUGCUGGUCUUCCCUAAUGUACUUCGGCCAAGAGGGCUACGUCAAGGCGACCAAGCGUAUUGUGUCUACAGCUCGUUCAAUCGCGGCAGGAGUUGCGAAUAUCCGCGAGCUUCGGGUGUUGGGUGAACCGCUCGUCAGUGUGGUCGCCUUCACCUCCGACAACUUCGACAUCUACCAACUGGCAGAUCUCAUGUCGCACAGACCCGACGGCUCGCCGAACUGGAGUCUAAGUGUUCUCCAGUACCCGCCAGCUCUGCACCUCUGCGUCACCGACGUCCACACCCAGCCGGGUGUUGCUGAUCGAUUUCUCGACGACUUGAGCAAUGCCACCGAGAAGUUGCUCAAUUCUCCCAACACCAAGUCGAAUGGCAUGGCUGCAGUCUAUGGAAUGUGCACACGAAUCCCCGAUCGCGAUCUGGUCGCUUCCAUGGUUGCGAGUUUCCUCGACGCCUACUACGCCACCGAGGUGCCUGCCGAGUAA